UUUUUUUUUCUCUCUGAGUCAUUCCUUCCUUCUUCUUUUUGGUGCCUGUAUCUCUUUUACUUUUUUUUUUUAUGAAACAAACUGGUUUAACCAUAGUCAUCAAAGUCGGCACUACGUCUAUUUGUGAUGAAAAGUCUCACUUUCCUAUUUUAUCCAAUCUAUCCGGUUUGGUAGAAACUGUCCUCAAGUUAAAAUCACUCCAACAUCGUGUCAUUGUCGUCACUAGUGCUGCUGUUGGAACUGGUCUUCGACGUUUAAACAUUGCUGAAAAACCUUCUCAAUUAGCUGCUAGACAGGCUGUGGCAGCUGUUGGUCAAGGUCGUUUGAUGGCUCUCUAUGAUGAUCUCUUUGGACAAUUCAACCAACCAGUUGCUCAAAUUUUACUUACCAAGAAUGAUUUAUCCGAUCGUUCUCAAUAUUUGAAUGCUGUCAGUUGUUUGGAAGAAUUAUUAUCUAUGGGUGUUGUUCCUAUUGUCAAUGAAAAUGAUACUAUCUCUACUCAAGGAAUUCGAUUUGGUGAUAAUGAUACGUUAGCCGCCGUGACAGCAGGAAUGAUCAAGGCAGAUUAUCUAUUCUUAUUGACCGAUGUGGAUUGUCUUUAUACUGAUAAUCCUCGUACAAAUCCUGACGCUCGUCCUGUUCUUUUAUGUGAUGAUAUUGCUUCUUUGAAAGACAAAGUUUCUGUGGCUUCUGGAGGUUCAGCACUAGGUACUGGAGGCAUGAUUACCAAACUGAUCGCAGCAGAUUUAGCAACUGCAGCAGGCGUGGCAACGAUCAUUACACAUGGAUCCAAGGCAAGCAAUAUCACUACUAUCAUCGAUGACGAUCAAACAAAUAAACCAUUACAUACCAAAUUCAUGGCCAAGAAUAACCCAAUGUUGGAUCGCAAAUGGUGGAUUUUACAUGGAUUACAUACAGCGGGUACUAUCUAUAUCGAUGCUGGUGCUGCCAAGGCUGUAGUAACUCAAGGACUUCGUAGUAGUCUUUUCGCUGCAGGUAUUGUCGACGUCCAAGGUACUUUUAAUGCUCAUCAAGCUGUCCAAAUCUGUUUACGGAAAGACAAGUCAUCAUCGGAUGUGAUCAUUGGAAAAGGAUUGGCCAAUUACUCUAGCUCGGAAAUCAGUCGGAUCAAGCGUUGUAAUAGUUCGGAAAUUGCAAGUAUCUUGGGUUAUGUCAAUGCAGAUUGUGUUAUCCAUAGAGACAAUCUGGUUCGUGUGGUGGAAGAACAAGAGAUUUUAUGAUUCUUUUUUUUUCUUCUUUUAGUUUAGCACUAGUUGAUUCCCCAUUUCCCUCUUUUUUUUUUUUGUAUAGUUUUAUUUUCCAUUUUUU